CAAAUGUUUGACUGCACACUUACACAGGGUAAAGUUCAUAACAGAAUCUUUCCUCUAGACACCCCCAUUUUGUUGUGGACCACUGACUACAGUGUUCGGGUACUGGUAAUUACUUUGACAGCUGGAGACUACAGAACAACAGUAACACAGAGCUUCAGGUUAUGACCUAGGUCAACCAUGAGUAAUGAAGCAUUGGCGGGGUCAUUUGACAAACCCAGGACAGAGUCAGGAGCUGGAGGUGGGGCAAAGUCUAAACUUACCAGUGUCAGCAUAGCAGACACACAGACCUGGGAAAAGGAGAAAAAAUAUGUGGUGUAUAAGGUGCUAGUGAGAAAUGGAGACAAAUCGUGGUUCCUGUUUCGGCGCUACAAUGAAUUCUAUGGACUGCAUGAAAAAAUAAAGAAGCUAUACCCAGAGUCCAACCUUCGACUGCCUGGAAAGAAGAUAUUCGGAAACUUGGACCCAGAUUUUAUCCAGCAACGAAGAGACGGCCUGGAUGAUUUCAUACAGAAACUUGUCACUCACCCGAAGAUUUCCCAAAACCCAGAGGUGAGAGCAUUCCUAACACUAGACAAUCCUCGCAAUGCUCAAGAACCUGUAGAUACUGACACCUUUGAGGACUCGGACACGAUGGAUCGUAAGGACACCAACCCAGUGAACCUUGGUCCAAGUGAGCGUACCUGUGUCAAGCCGAGUGAUUUUGAGUUUCUGAAAGUUAUUGGAAAAGGCAGUUUUGGCAAGGUUCUCCUGGCCCGUCAUAAGCUUGAAGGGAACAUCUACGCCAUUAAGGUGCUCCAGAAGCAGGCCAUCAUGAAGAGGAAUGAGGCAAAGCAUAUCAUGGCUGAACGCAAUGUACUGUUGAAAAAUAUCAAACACCCGUUCCUGGUCGGUCUCCACUACUCCUUCCAAACGGCAGACAAGCUGUACUUUGUCCUAGACUACGUGAAUGGUGGUGAGCUAUUUUUCCAUCUACAAAGAGAACGCUACUUUCCUGAACAGAGGGCCCGGUUUUAUGCGGCUGAGAUGGGGAGUGCUAUCGGCUAUCUUCACUCUCUCAACAUCAUCUAUAGGGAUCUCAAGCCAGAAAAUAUUUUACUCGACUCAAAGGGUCACAUCACACUGACAGACUUUGGUCUGUGUAAGGAAGGAAUCGAGGGGAUGGGCACAACCAACACAUUCUGUGGCACACCUGAGUAUCUAGCACCAGAAGUUCUGAGGAAACAACCAUACGACAAGACAGUGGACUGGUGGUGUCUCGGGGCAGUUCUGUACGAAAUGAUGUAUGGUUUGCCCCCUUUCUACAGUCGGGACACUGCUGAAAUGUACGACAACAUUUUAUAUAAACCCCUACGUCUGAGGACCAACGUGUCAGCUGCUGCCAGGUCCAUACUGGAAGGGCUGUUACAGAAAGAGAAAGAAAAACGUCUUGGCUGUCAGCAGGACUUCAUGGAAGUGAAGUCUCAUGAUUUCUUUGUUGAUGUUAACUGGGAUGAACUGGAUGAAAAGAAAAUGAAACCACCUUAUAAUCCAAAUGUGAGCGGUCAGCUGGACUUGAAACAUUUUGAUCCUGAAUUCGUCAGGGAACCAGUACCAGCAUCUGUUGGGAAGUCCAUGGGGACUAGUAAGCUGGUGAGUGCCAGUGUGAUGGAGGCUGACAGUAUGUUCCAGGGCUUUUCCUACGUCCCACCUGCUGAAGAUGCCUUUUCAUGACAAAUACCUAAGGGAUCAGGACUUUAGCCUGAUAAUGACUGUGAUAGGACAUUGUGUAAUCCCAAGUGUCAAGGACAUUGUGAAGUGACAGACAGCGUGUGGCCCAAUCUUUGAAGGACAGUAAGUGACCCCAGGUGUCAAGGACUUUGUGUGAUGAUCCAAAGUUUCAAAGACAUCUUGUGAUGACCCCAGGUGUCAAGAAAAUUGUGUGAUGACCCGAGAUGUCAAGGACAUUGUGUUAUGACCCCAAAUGUCAAGGACAUUGGGUCAUACAGAUGUCAAGGACAUUGUGUGAUGACCCCAGAUGUCAAGGACAUUGUGUUAUAACCCCAAAUGUCUAGGACAUUGGGUCAUACAGAUGUCAAGGACAUUGUGUGAUGACCCCAAAUGUCAAGGACAUUGUGUGAUGACCCAUUUUAAGAUCAAAAAGGGACAAAAAAAUUGACAGGGCAAGGUCAUUGCAGUGAAGAUGUAGCUCUGGAUGUUCUUAAAUGCACAGACAGUUGUCCAGGUGGAAAGAGUGAGCAGCACUUCAGGGUCUUGUCUUAAUGUGCCAAUGUUUGAGUGUUGGAUGUUUCAGGUGCUUAAAUGGAACAAGUUUGUAAUGUAAUCUACAUCAAUGUAUAGGUGUGUAUUACAAAUCUGAGUCAACCUGUGACCUCUGGAAAUGGGACCAUAACUAUGCAAAUGUAGACAGGUGUGUAGAAUCUAGUGUGUUUUGCUAAAAGGUUAAGAAUAUACAGAUAUAUUUAUGUAGUCCAGUUAAGUCCUCCAGUCCUCCAGUGUGAUUAAUCUUCAGAAUUGUGUUAGAAUGGAACUUCAAUGCCAGUUUAUAUACAGUAGGUCUCCAGUUGAUGGUUGUUAGCAAGUAAUUUUUAAGUCAUAAAUUAUUUAAUAUUGCAUCAUAAAAAUAUGUUCAUAAUGUGAUAUUAACAGUAGACAUUAAUUGACUCUUUGACUGUGUUACAAACACUAACAGUGCUGUACAGGGAUCGUAUGUAAGACAGGGAUGAUGUCAUAAACAAAUGGACAUAUAAAUAAACUGACUGAAAAUGGUGACAUUAGACAAAUGGACCAGAUCAGGGCUCAAACCAGGACCUCCAAACACUAGAUAGACUGUCAACAAACUAAGUUAUCUUGCCAUAAGUAGUCUAGAGGGACUGGAUCAACUUUAGUACUACUCCCUCCUUGUCUAAAUCUUUGCACCCGUCCUCCCUCACAACCCAACCUCACACUACAGGUCAAAGUUCAUAUGUUUGAGUCUUGUUUUAGAUGCCCAAAGCAUUUCUGAACAUUAAUCCAGAGACAUGUGUUUGUAUAACACACAUUUUUGGGUGAUUUGAGAUUCAAUUUCUAUAUCAAAUGAAGUGAUAUUGAGCGCUGGUCGUACAUAUUAAUCGAUACUCAAACGGAAAACUCACUUUCAAGAAUGUGAAUACCAAAAAUGUUUUUUUAUCAUGAAUGUGUUAAAAGUACUGAGAAUUGUGUAAAAUAGUGACUGUAGCCAGUAUGAACUGUAACCCUAGAUCAAUAUUAUUCAACAUGGUGUCGGUUACCAAGUGUGAUUGUUUUAUCUUAGAAAUAUAAACCAUAUCAAGACAUUUAAACCAUACUGUCAAUCAGGUUAAUUUUGUGAGUUCUUUAUUUUGCAAGCUGUAUACCUGUAUGUUUCAUCAAACUUGGGGUCCCAAUUGAGAGGACGCUAUUUCACUGUUUAUAAAAUUGCAUAGGGAAGUAAUAUUCAUGGUAGAUUAAAAGUUCCUGAAUGACUUUCCUGGUAUCUUGACACAGAAAUAAAUUUCUCACAAAAAUAAAAGGUUCACAGUAUAUAGUUGCCUGUGAUAUUUUAUUUGACCAAUCAUCAUCAGUUAUGUGUCUUUUAGCAAUUAUGUUUUUACCGUCUCAAGUAGAAAAUGUCAUUAGGCCUAAGCUAAAAUGUUGUGUGACUUGAACAUAGAGACUUCAUUCACAUGACUAGAAAAUGUUCAAUAUGUGUUAGAUCAUUGUAGGGUCAAUCUAGUCAGGAAUCAAACUCUAUUAUUGCUACAUAUCUAAAAGUAACUCAUUUAUCUUGAGUGAGAAAUAGAAAUUCAAUGACUUUUCUAUACUUUGUUUUUCAUCUUGGAGAUAGUCAAGAAAUAUGAAAAUGUUGAUUUUGGAAAUUGAUUGCUGCGUGAAACCGAAGUUCAGUAAACUUUCAAUGUUAAAACGUUUUUUUUACUUACUGUCUGCUAGCUGUAUCAUUAUUUGACCGAAAGUGAAAAUUAACGCAGUCAAAUUAAGUCAUUGAUCAAACAAGUCAUUUUGUUGUCUAGUCAUUGUGUUUGUUGUUAUUUCAGAAAUAUAAUCAAAAUAUUUAUCUCCUAUUUAACAUUAAGUUUGUAGAUAAUCAAGAUUUCUCAACAAAGCUUUUCCAGGAUUUUCUUUUACAAAGAAGAUACAUUUGUUAUGGAAAUGUUUGGUUUCAUAUUGGCUAGCUAUACAUUCACAUGCAUGGAAUCAUUAACAGCUGGUAUAUGCUGACUUUAUAUAUACCUGUAUGUUUGUUUAUUGUUGAAAUUAGAAUGUCUGGUUUUUUUUAUAUUUUGCAAAGUGUGAAGUAUAUAUGUAUUUAUCAUAAAAAAAAAAGAAAAUUAAUUUUGUUCAAAAGGAUAACUUGGAAACCUAUGUCCUCAUCGAAGUUUUCUACUGCUAUAUAUAUAGGUAUUACAGAACAAGUUUUUGUUUAAUAAAUAUUACAAAAUACAUAAUGUAAUGUAAGCAGCAUUGUAUUAUUGAGCUCAAAGAAAUUUAAUUUAAAUAUCUCUUACAAAUUAGGGCAUAUGUAUUGCUGUUUUGAUUUAAAAAAUUAUUGAUUUUGAAUUUUUCAAUCUGUUUGAAAUAGUUUACUGUGACGAUCAGUGUAAAAUACAUUAUUUUGAUGUGUAUUUUAUUGUACUCAAAAUGACCAAUCAUAUCUAUUUCAAUAUCAAUUAUCUUAUUGUGAAGAUAAUUGAAAGGUAUGAGAGGAUUCAGUUUCAUGUGUGGUACUGAACAUUUAUUUAAUGAUCUACAUAAGGUAAGGGUACAAUGAAGUGUUCUAUAGAUUAUGUAUCAAACACAAUGUUUGCAAUGCAUUUUACAGAAAUAUAUAUCAACCAAAUCAAGGGAGGUAACUGUAAGCCAUAGCAAUACGUAAGUUAGAAUACCUCCAUUAAAAAAUACGGCUUGGAAUACUUCUUGGCAGUUACAACUGCUGGAGUGCUACUCUUAACCUUAAAUUUUGAAUUUUUUUUGCUAUGCUUACUUACAUAUACAUGUAAGUAGUAUUUUACAUAGAUUCCAUAUCAUUGUUGAUGGCUACCUACAUAACAAUGUUGACCAGUACUUUUAUUAUCGACACAACGAAGUGCUAAUUUUAAGAGAGGUAUACAUUUAUAAACAUUAAUUGUCAUGUUUUAUUCAGAAGAUGACCAUUUUAUUUUUAAUGACAUAUUUGAAAAAAAAUACCGUGUCAUUUUGUGCAAUAAUACAGAAGUCAGUGAUUUUUUUAAUGACAAAUCAAAUAAAAAAUCAAUAUAU